AUGCACGUAAAUGGCAAGGUGGCUCUGGUCACCGGUGGGGCGCAGGGCAUCGGCAGGGCCUUCGUCCAGGCGCUGCUGAGCAAGGGCGCCAAGGUAGCCCUGCUGGACCGCAACUCCGAGGCCGGGCAGGAAAGCAAGGGGGCCCUGGACGAGCAGUUUGAAGCGCAGAGGACGGUGUUCAUACAGUGCGACGUUACGGAUCAGGAACAGCUGAAAGGUGCUUUCAAAAAAGUAAUUGAACAUUUUGGAAGGCUGGAUAUUGUGGUAAAUAAUGCUGGAGUGAACAAUGAGAAGGACUGGGAAAGUACUAUACAAACUAACCUGACAUCUGUGAUUAGAGGAACCUACCUUGGCCUAGAAUACAUGAGAAAAGGAAAUGGAGGUGACGGAGGAGUAAUCAUUAAUAUCUCAUCUUUGGCAGGACUCAUGCCUGCUGCAUUCCAACCUGUGUACUGUGCUACAAAGCAUGGUGUAAUUGGAUUCACACGGUCAAUAGCAUUAGCUGCUAAUAUGGAAAACUACGGUGUGAGACUCAACACAAUUUGUCCAGGAUUUGUCAACACACCAAUUCUUCAGUCAAUAGAUAAAGAAGAGAAUAUGGGACAAUAUUAUUCGUAUAAGGAUGAAAUCAAAAAUAUGAUGCAGUUCUAUGGUGUGAUGGACCCAUCAAUAAUUGCUGAGGGACUGAUAACAAUAAUUGAAGAUGAUACUCUAAAUGGAGAGGUUAUGAAGAUUACAGCAUCCCAAGGGAUUCAUUUUCAACAAUACAGUCAAACACCGUUCACAUCAUCAAAGAGAUAAAUAAUUGCUCUAUGCUGAUUGUUCUGAGCUUUU